AUGUCGCGUUUUAGCUCGUCUUUUGAGGGACAGACCGACCCCUACAUACGUCACAUUCAACAGCCGCCUUCACCCUAUCGCUCCAUCUCAAGUCCUGCUUCCAGGACCGCAUAUUCAAUGAUGGCCUCAAGGGGUGCAGCUUCUUCCGCGCCUCUAGCGCCAUCGCGCGAGGAGUUUAUGAAGCUGUCUGAAGAUUUGAAGGGUCAGAUCAACGAUGCGUUUGGAGUCUUCGACGCAGACAAAGACGGCCGGAUCGACUACCACGAGUUCCGCUUCGCCCUGCGAGCCCUCGGCUUCGAGCUCCCCAAGGCUGAGACCUUCAGCCACCUCCAAAAAUACGCCGUGCAGCCGCUAAACUGGGACCCGAAGAGGGAGUGCGGGCCCGUCUUUCGCGAGUUCACUCUGCCCAUCUGGCAGGCCAUAGCGGGCACCCUCGUCGCCAACAGGGACCCCGUGGAGGAGUGCAGGCGCGCCUUCAAGCUCUUUGACGUGGAGGGCCGGGGCAUCAUCACGGUCGAGGACCUGAGGCGCGUCAUGGACGACCUGGGACAGGCCAUUGAGGAGCAGGAGCUGCAGUCCAUGAUUAGGGAGUUCGAUUCCGAGGGCAAGGGGGGCAUCAACGAGGACGAGUUCAUCAAGAUCAUGUUGAAGAAGAGGGCUUGAAGCCUCUAGCUGCCGUGCGGCGUUGCGGAAUCUACUACUGUUCUACGAUGUGAUUAUGCUGCAACUGGGAUAUCAAUAACGACUUGGAGUGACGAAAGGGGCGAAACGGAGUUGAUUGGAAAGACUGUUUCACAUUUUUAUAGGGUUGUGUUUUUUUGUCUUCUCUAUACCAUGAUAGGCAUGAUUUUGUUUCCGGGUAGCAUUAAUUACAGCAGCUUGGGAAUCAGCCUGGGCGUGUUCUUCUUCCA